GAGAGGUGAGUGAAACCACCAUUGACCUCUUCCUUUCUUUGACCUACAAUGGUGAGGUGAAUAGCCUUGGAGUCAGUCAGUGAUCACCAUCUCCAUCUCUCUCGUUCCCGCUCCGGCAACCAAACCCCCCAUCCCGUUCAUUUCUCUCGGCCAAGCAGUGGUGGUGGAAGAUGUAGGUGAUGACCAACGAGCGUGAUAAGUUGCUUCGUGAGUUCCAGCGAUCACCACUGGCGAGAAGCGUUCCUCCAACGAACGGCAAAGCUCCGGCCUUUCCUCGGUUUUCCGGUGAAGAAGCAAAGCAAGUCGACGGCAAUAGCGUUGGUCCUCGGUUAACGAUUAGUCCAGCUAUCUCCGGUGGUCGUCCAGCGGCGGCGGUUGAGCAGGAGGCGACAACGUGGACGGCGUAUAGAGCUUCUCCUCUGCUUCCGACGUCCAAAGCAGCAUCGGCAGUAGUGGGAGGUUCGUGGCAACGGCGGUGUCGACGGAGCUCGGUGGUGGCGUCUCUCCUCCGUUCCCGGCGUGGUGGCUCUCAAGCGGUGUGUUGUUCAAGGUGUUCCCCGUGGGCAGAAGUAAGGUGGAGGUCCUCACCGUGUUCCACCCGCGGGCUCUGUUUCAUGAAGAAGACGAAGAAGAUCGAUGGUUCCCGGUAGCUUGGUUUUAUGAGUUGAGCCUAUGUUGGC